CACUUUGCUCGCUCGCAGUCUAACCACGAAAAGUGCCAGAGCAACACGCACACCAUUUGCUGCUGCGGACUCGACUCGAAGUGAAAAAUGGCUUUCGGAGACUAUCCGGCGGAGUACAACCCGAAGGUGCACGGACCGUACGAUCCGGCCCGCUUCUACGGCAAGCCGGACACCCCGUUCGGCCAGGUGAAGCUGGGUGAGUUGGGCGCUUGGUUUGGCCGCCGCGACAAGAACCCGCGGGCCGCCGUCGGUGCCGUGAGCCGUUCCUUCUGGAGAUGGCAACACAAGUACUGGCAGCCGAAGCGGAUGGGCAUUGCCCCGUUCUUCCAGGUCAUCGUCGGUGGCAUGGUCUUCUUCUACACCAUCAACUACGGCAAGCUGAAGCACCACAGGAACUACAAGUACCACUAAACGGUGGUUUUUCUGGAGCUGGAAGCGGGCCGGAAGCAGAACUGUCAUUAUGUAAGAAUCGAGUGUGGGAGAAUGUUUUGUGCCGCUAGAUCUGGCCAACGGAAACCGGCCUGUUAGGGAUGGGAGAAACGUGUAGGCAUUGAUUGCCGGAAGGAUAUCGUGAGGUGGAAUUCUGGUAAUUUAAUUCGAGUAAAGAAUUAUGUAAUUCGAGAAAAUAAUAAAAAAAAAAUGUCGAAAAUAUGAAA